GAGAAGGGGAGAUGGCUUCAGACUCCAGAAGGACACAGGCAGCAACGAGUGCCCAGUCUGCUCUUGACUUUGCUGACACUCGAGCCCGCAUCCCAUCAUCUGCUCAGAAUCAUGAAGGUCUCCAUGGCUGCUGCUGCUGCCAUCCUCCUCUGCACCAUGGCUCUCUUCAACCAGGUCUUCUCUGUACCAUUUGGUGCUGACACCCCGACUGCCUGCUGCUUCUCCUACACCUCCCGGCAGAUUCCACGCAAAUUGGUAGUUGACUAUUUUGAGACCAGCAGCCAGUGCUCCAAGCCAGGUGUCAUCUUCCUAACCAGGAGAGACCGACAGACCUGUGCCGACCCCAGUGAGGCCUGGGUCCAGGAAUACAUCACUGACCUGGAGCUGAAUGCCUGAGUGACCUCAGUGGGCCCGGUGGGGAGCAGGGGCCCGAGCCUCGGACACAUCCCUGUAACCUCCACAGCUACCUCUCCUAUGGGCUGG